AAAAAAAAAAGAGAACCAAUCCUUACCGCCACAAAGAAAUUACGAAGAAGCCGAGAAGAGGGAAGUGAAUAGGAAAUCUUGGUCGGUAUUGAACGGAGGCGUGCAAUAAAGCGAGAGCGGGCCGGGAGCGACGAAGACGGCGAUAAGCUGGAAAAGUCCAGCAGGGAGCCCCCAAUGAAGCCUCACUUUGUUAGCCCUUAUCAGCAUCAUUAGCCGCUGGCUCAAUAACUAACCGAGUUGCAUCAGACGCGAUGUUUAUCCCGCCCGAUAAUUCCAGAUCCAGAUAAACAAAAUUCCCUCCCUUCCCGCGGUUUCGAUUCAAAUACUUUCGAACGGAUGCCGCAGCCCUCAGUCAGCCUUCGUUCUUUCUCAGCCUCGCACACGUCCCGCGCAAAUUUCUUCCCCCUCUUUUUCUUCUCACCCCAUCCCUCUCAACGAACCAUCCAAGUUUUAUCGUUAUCCAUUCGUCACGUUUCCGUUCACAUCUUCGAGGUGAUGCAAUUUUUCGCCGCUCUUGCGACGCCAAUCCUUGAUUGACCCCCUCUGACGAAGACCAAGACUGUGAUCAAAUUUAAUCUACUUGUAAUUCGCGGUGUAAUAAAAAGCAAUCUAAUCUAAGCAUGACAUCUAGCUAGAGAUCGAAAACAGAGGUUUGGUCAAUGGACGGAAUUAGAUGUAUUACGUAGAUACGCGUUUGUUCGAGGAGGGACGAAGCGAUUCAGGAAGUCGUUGGAGAUGUUCACGCGUUGGAUCGCGAUGGCGAGCCGCGAGGGGGGAAGAAAUUGGCGUUUUUAGCGUGUGGCGAUGAUAACGCGGUUAUCUGUCUAGCUGGGAAGAGGAAACCUUGUCGCUAGACAGGCGGUCGCCGGCUUCGAUAGCCUGUGAGAGAGAUUCGAUCGUGAGAGGAGGAUCGUGUGGUAUUCUAGAUUUGACAGUCGGGGAAUUACACGGUUGCAUCCCAAUAUGUUGGCGAGGCAUCUCCUUUUUAUUGCGACCAGACGACACCAUGGAUGGCGGUCACUCAAUUCUCGCCGACGUAUGCGCGACGAGCGUUCCCGUGCAUGGACGAGCCGCAUUUGAAAGCGGUUUUCUCGUUGACCAUUAAUGUCCACGAGAAGACGGUGACGAGUAACACUAGAGUUAAAAACAGAAACUCGAGCAGCGAAUAUGAAUUCGAGCCAACACCACGAAUGUCCACGUAUCAACUGGGCUGGGCCCUUCACGACUUCGUCUCUUCGGAGGCAUCGGCAACCAACACCUCGAAAACAUUUCGAAUGUGGACGCGAGGAUCGAUGAACGAUCGGGGGACGACGGCCCUGAAUUACGGGAAAUCGAUAUACUGGUCCCUGAAAAAUUGGAUCUCGAUCGAGGAUCCAAUACCGAAGAUGGAUCAGCUCGCGGUUCCGGACUUCAACUUUCACGCGAUGGAGAAUUGGGGUAUGAUCGUUUACAGGGAGUCGGUGGUGUUGCACGAGGACGGGAUGACGCCCACGGGGCGCUGGAUCGAUGGGAUCGCGACCAUGGCCCACGAAUACGCGCACACCUGGUUCGGCAAUCUCGUCACGCCUACGUUCUGGGACGUAGCCUGGCUGAAAGAGGGAUUCGCCUCCUAUUUUCAGUAUUUCGCAGUGUCGAUGGUCCAACCCUCGUGGGGGAUGAUGGAGAAAUUCGUGGUGGACGUGGUGCAGCCAGCUAUGCUGUUGGACUCCGGGAACCACAGCAGGGUAAUGAACGGGAUAAACGUUGGAACCCCUCGAAGCAUUAUGGCCGUGUUGGAUUUUGUCUCGUACAAGAAAGGUGCAUCUGUGAUUCGCAUGCUCUCUCACUUGAUCGGUGAAUCGGCAUUUCAAAACGGUUUGCGAAGCUAUGUGACAAAUAUGUCGUAUGAAGCAGCAACGCCACACGAUCUUUACGAAAAUCUAAAAAAUUUCACUCGCGAAUUGAGCAAAUUAAACGAUAACGUAACGAUAGAGGACGUAAUGGAGAGUUGGACAAAUGAAUCUGGAUAUCCCUUGGUGACCGUCACGCGGGAUUACGAGUCGGCCAUACUCGUAAUCGUUCACGAAAAGUUUCGAUGGGAUCAUCACGUUCGCUCGGUGUCCAAAUGGUGGAUACCGUUGAGUUUCACAACGGAGACGGAUGCAAAUUUUACCCAUUUAACUCCGAAAUAUUUGUUGAAUCCGGAGGAGAGUCUAAUUAUCGUGUCCCGAAUCCCGUCGGACGAUUGGAUCGUUUUCAAUCUCCAGCAAAGCGGUUAUUAUCGAGUGAACUACGACCAGAGAAACUGGCGGAUGCUCACCGAUUAUUUGAAUUUGAAAAAUUUCACGAGAAUACACAGGGUGAACAGGGCCGCCCUCGUAGACGAUGCUUUUAACUUGGCAAGGGCAGGCUACGUGAAUUACUCGAUUCCGUUCAACCUUUCCAAGUAUUUGGUUCGCGAGACUGAUUACGAGCCUUGGGUCGCCGCCUCGAAUAAUUUCAAAUUCUUGAGUAAAAUGUUGAGCGGUGAACCGAACGUGUUGCAAGCUUUUCAGGAUUAUGCGAUCCAUUUGUUGAGAGACAUGUACGAUCGGCUCAAUUUCACCGAAUCCCCAAAUGAGGAUAUAACGAGGAAAUUACAGAGAGAAUUAAUCUUAUCGACUUCUUGCUCGGUACGUUAUGCCGAUUGUUUAAACGUUUCGAAAAAUUUAUUCCAAAAUUGGAUCGUCGAGCCUGGUAAAAUAAUACCACGAGAUGUCAAGAGUUUUGUUUAUUGCGAGGGGAUACGUAAUGGAUCCAAAGAAAAUUGGUAUACAGUAAUGGACAGAUGGUUAAAUGCUGAUCUGCAGAUUGAACAGGAAUUGUUAUUGCAAGCACUUGGAUGCACGCAAAAAGCUAAUUUGAUUGAAACAUAUCUUGAAGCAUCAAUAUCGAAUGAAAAGAAUGUUCGUAAACAGCAAAGAAUAAUGAUAGUGAAUGCUAUUUUGGAUGGAGAUGUGAAAAAUGUCGAUCACGUUUUGAAAUUCGUUCAAUCGAAUUUAACAAGAAUCAUCGAACAAAGGGGAUAUGAUUUCUUGGACAAGAUGAUUACUGGAAUCGGGAAAGCGAUGACAACAACAGCCCAAACGAGAAAGCUUUCCGCGUUCAUUGAAGAAUAUUCCAAAAAUCUAGGAUCGAGUUUAGAUACAGCGAAACAAGCAUUAUCCGUGGCCUUGGAAAAUGUGAAGUGGAUCAAGAAAUACGUGCCCAAAAUCGCAGAAUAUUUUGAGAUUAUAUAAUUAAUAUAUUGGGCAUAGUAAUAAUUAAUAAUUAAACGAUUUUCUUUUUUUUUCUUUUUUUUUUAUUAUAACAAAAAUAAUUGGAAAAUAUAUUCUUUAUAAGAAAUUUCAACUUCGUAAUUAAAUAUAAAUUUAAAUUUUGUUUUAAUAAGAAUUGAUAAAUUAAUAAAAUAUAUAUAAAAAUUUUUCAUCAA